GUUCACAAAAGAUACUGCCAGGUUCAAGGAUGAAUUAGAUAUUAUGAAGUUCAUUUGCAAAGAUUUUUGGACAACUGUAUUCAAAAAACAAAUAGAUAACCUAAGGACUAAUCAUCAGGGUAUUUAUGUCCUUCAAGACAAUAAAUUUCGUCUCUUAACACAAAUGUCUGCAGGAAAGCAGUAUUUAGAACAUGCACCAAAGUAUUUAGCGUUUACCUGUGGACUAAUCAGAGGAGGCCUAUCGAAUUUGGGAAUAAAGAGUAUUGUAACAGCUGAAGUUUCAUCAAUGCCUGCAUGUAAAUUUCAGGUGAUGAUACAGAAGAUGUAGAGCACAUUCAAAUCUGGGUAUCUACCUUAAAAGUCCUUUGUGUGCGGAUUCAGUAUCUUGGUUCAGCUUUGUAUGUUGCUUGUAAAUUAUAGCAGUGUGCAGCACAAUUCCAAAAUACAUAAUAAAUGUUCAUCAAAAUAACUUAA